UCUUUCGACAGUGAAAUAGUGACUGAUUGCGCUUUCGUAUAUAUUGAUUUCAACUAGGGUUCAAAAUUCACUCGUGCUUCACCACCUCGCUGAACUCGCACACAGUGAUCAAGACUCGUGGCAACAUUGCCAUCACGCUGUUCGUCUUUGUUUUCAUAACACCAAAUGGCUAGAGGUUUGAAGAAACAUUUAAAGCGACUCAAUGCUCCAAAACAUUGGAUGCUUGAUAAGCUUGGUGGUGCCUUUGCACCCAAGCCAUCAUCAGGACCACACAAAUCAAGGGAAUGUCUCCCUUUGAUCCUCAUUCUGCGAAACAGACUAAAAUAUGCUCUCACAUAUAGAGAAGUAAUUGCCAUCUUAAUGCAGCGCCAUGUUUUAGUUGAUGGCAAAGUUAGGACAGAUAAAACAUAUCCUGCCGGUUUUAUGGAUGUUGUGUCUAUUCCGAAGACAAAUGAAAAUUUCCGUCUUCUCUAUGACACAAAGGGUCGAUUCCGUCUCCAUUCAGUAAGGGAUGAUGAGGCCAAGUUUAAGCUCUGCAAGGUCCGUUCUGUUCAGUUUGGGCAGAAAGGGAUACCUUAUCUGAAUACCUAUGAUGGGCGCACCAUCCGAUAUCCUGAUCCUCUAAUUAAAGCUAACGACACAAUCAAACUAGACUUGGAACAAAACAAGAUAACCGAUUUCAUCAAAUUUGAUGUGGGGAAUGUUGUUAUGGUGACUGGAGGGAGGAAUAGAGGCCGUGUCGGUGUCAUUAAGAACAGGGAGAAGCACAAAGGAACUUUCGAGACUAUUCACGUCCAGGAUGCCACUGGUCAUGAGUUUGCGACCCGAUUGGGUAAUGUCUUCACUAUUGGCAAAGGGACAAAACCUUGGGUGUCUCUACCCAAAGGCAAAGGUAUCAAAUUGACUGUCAUUGAGGAGGCUAGAAAGAGAAUUGCUUCUCAACAAGUGGCAGCUGCGUAAAUUUAGAUUAUGAGACCGCUUUUUGGAUAAGUUUGAGAUUAGUUUUACUUUUUAAUCUUGUCUUCCAUGUGUAUUACAAUUUUGAUAUGAUAUGGUGUACUGUUUGCAAUGCUGUAAUGAGUUUCAAAUCUAAAUCUGUUUUUCCUACAA